AUAAUUUGAAAAUUACACGUUCAAAUUUUUCAAAGUUAUCGAUGGACGAUUUCAAUCUAUUGACGCGAAAGGGUGUCUUUCCGUACGAGUACGUUGAUUGCGUCGAAAAGUUGGAGGACGCGUGUUUACCACCGCGCGAAUCAUUUUACAGUUCCUUGACCGGUGACACAGUAUCCGAGAAUGAGUACGCGCACGCUGCGAACGUCUGGCGGCGGUUUGCCAUUCAAUCCUUGGGCGAGUACAGCGACCUGUAUUUGAAAACGGAUGUCAUGUUGUUGGCGGACAUUUUUGAAAAUUUCCGAGACAAAUGUAUCGAGAGUUAUGGUCUCGAUCCCGCGCAUUAUUACACAUUACCAGGAUUCACGUGGGACGCCAUGCUUAAACAUACGCGUAUAAACUUCGAACUCCUCACGGACAUUGAUAUGGUCAUGUUUAUCGAGCGUGGUAUACGCGGCGGCCUGAGCCAAUGCUCCGGUAGAAAUGCACAGGCUAACAACAAGUAUAUGCACUCGCAUGAUCCGUCGAAAGCUUCCUCAUACUUGAUGUACUUCGAUGUAAAUAAUCUAUAUGGAUGGGCAAUGUGUCAACCACUGCCAUACGCUGAAUUUCGCUGGGUUGACGAUGUUGCAGAUUUUGACUUUAGCGCGAUCGCCUCGGACUCGCCCACGGGUUACAUUCUCGAGGUCGAUCUCGAGUACCCGCAAAGUAUACACGACGAGCACACUGACCUACCGUUCUGUCCGACGCGUGAUAAGCCGCCCGGCAUGCGGCAGGCAAAACUUCUGGCGACUCUAUAUUGCAAGAAGCGUUACGUCAUUCACUAUCGAAACCUACAGCAAUGCACGCGUCAGGGUCUUCGCGUCACAAAUAUACAUCGCGUACUACAAUUCGCACAAUCCGCGUGGCUCCGCGAUUAUAUUGAACUAAAUACGCAAUUUAGAACGCUCGCCAAGAACGAUUUUGAGAAAAAUUUGUAUAAAUUGAUGAACAACGCAGUAUUCGGUAAAACUAUGAAAAAUGUACGAAAUCGCGUCGAUGUAAAAUUAAUAACUAAAUGGGAAGGACGACGCGGCGCGGAGGCAAUGAUCGCAAAACCAAAUUUCCAUAGCCGAAGCAUCUUUUCGGAAAAUCUGAUAGCCGUUGAAUUGCGCAAACUCGAGGUGAAAUUCAACAAGCCGAUCUACGUAGGUAUGUGCAUUCUCGACAUAUCUAAAAUCUGUUUGUAUGAAUUUCAUCACGAGUACAUGUUACCUUUAUAUAGCAACAGAUGUAAAAUUAUGUACACCGACACGGAUAGCCUUAUAUACCACAUCCAGUGCGAGGACGUGUACGAGACGAUGAAACGUGAUUUCAUAGAUUUGACACGAGCGAUUAUCCGACAGAUAACGCGUACGAUAUUCCACUUGUUAAUAAAAAAGUGCCAGGUUUAAUGAAAGAU